AUGAGAAAAAUAUGGACCCCUAUAAGAAGAUCAGAAGAUCAAAAAAUAGUAAAGAAUAAUUAUAAUGAAGAAGAAAAGGAAAAUUUUGAAAAAUCCUUACCUAAGGGUUUUAUAGAAAAUAAUCGGAAUAACAGAGUGCCGUAUUUUGAAAUAAAAGAAUCAACAAUGAUAGAACAAAAGGAAAAGAAAGAAGUUCAAAAAAUAUUGGCGUUAGAAUUGAGAGAUAAGUGUAGACCAGAAAUUGAUGAAUAUGUGGAAUGCUCAGUGGGAAGAUUGUGGACAAUAUUGAAGUGCAAAGAUUUAAUGAUGCAAAUGCGAAAUUGCUUAAAAAAAUAUGAAAAUUUUGAGUAUAUCAAAUAUAGGGAAAAUCAAAUAAUGGAGGAGAGAAAAAAGAACGGAACCAGCUUAUUCAGAUCAAAUGAAAGAGCCAAAUAUAACAGAUUUAUACUUGGGGACAAUGAAAAUGAAAUAACUCCAGAAAAGGAACAUUGA